AAGGCAUAAUUACUGCCGAGUAUUUAUUAAGGCAUUACUUUUUCUGUAGGCUCUCACUUUUUCUGCUAAUUCUUCGUUGAAGAAAGAAAAUGAAUUCCAAAGUUGAGCCUGAAUAUUGUAGAGCAAGUGAAUUAAAAGCUUUUGAUGAUACAAAAUCUGGUGUUAAAGGACUCGUCGAUGCCGGAAUUACCAAUAUCCCUCGAAUUUUCCAUCAACCUACGAAUGUUUUACAUAAUAUUUCGCAUGCUCCUAAUAAUACUAAUACAAAGUUCAAAUUUCCUAUCAUAGAUUUUCAAGGUGUCGAAAAUAGUGCAGAUUUGCGCAAGGAUAUUAUCGAAAAGGUACAGAACGCGUCAGAAAAUUGGGAAUUUUUCCAAGUUGUUAAUCAUGGGAUUCCUAUCAAUGUUCUUGAGGAGAUGAAGAAUGGAGUUCAUCGAUUUCACGAGCAAGAUUCCGAGCUGAAAAAACGAUAUUACUCUCGCGAUUUAACUAAAAAGGUACUCUAUAACAACAAUUUCGAUUUGUAUAGAGCACCGACAGCUAAUUGGAGAGACACGUUGGCUGUACAAAUGGUUCCUAAUCCUCCAAAUCCUGAAGAGAUUCCGGCAGCCUGCAGAGAUAUAUUGAUGGAGUACUCCAAGGAAAUAAUGAAAUUGGGAAAUUUAGUGUUUGAAUUAUUAUCAGAAGCUCUUGGUUUGAAACCUAACCACCUGAAAGAAAUGGAUUGUGAGAAAGGUAUUCUUGUUUUGAGCCAUUACUAUCCACUGUGUCCUCAGCCCGAAUUAACCAUCGGCACGAGCAAGCAUGCCGACAAUGACUUCCUCACUCUGCUCCUCCAAGAUUGUUGGUAUAUGGGUCGGGUCGUCCAUGACGGAUUGACCCGAACCAAUUACCCAAUAUGGGUUUACAUGGGAGAGUGUUGCAACCUUUAAUGAAAGGUUGCAACUCCAUGAAAGGUUGCAACUUAUUGGAAAGUUACAGCUAUUCAUGGCACCCAAUUGAUGUUUAUAUAUAUCAUUAUAUUACAUAUCAAACAAGGUUGGUUGAUUAUAAAUACACUCUCUAAAUAUACACAAUAAAGGUAGUACACAAGGUGGUGAAUUAUAAGUAUUAUUCAUAUUAAUAAUACUUGGACUUAGUGACAUAAUCAAUCAUUCAAACUUGUGAAAUCAACAAGAGGUACGCCUAAUGAUUCUAUAUUAUUUCCGCAUGUUCCAACAU